UCACAAUUUUCCUAUUGAGUGAACUUCAAGGCAAGAAAACAGAGGGAGAACACAAUGACCAGUUUGUUUCCAUCAACGAAAAAUCAUAUCUCCUAUAGAAUCAUAUGGAUGAUCUUUGUGAUCCCUUCUUGUGUUUACUCGGCUAGUGUGGAGCUUCACAGACUCUGCAGUGCCCCGUUUAGCUGCGGUAAUCAAGAAGGUCUUUUCUACCCUUUCUGGAUAUCUGGCAGAGAAGCAUGUGGCCACCCCGACUUCAAACUCAACUGUAGUGGAGGAUUUGCGGAGUUUAACAUCUCCUCCGCAAAGUUCAUAAUCUUAGAGGCAAACUCUACCUCUCGUGUCGUAAGACUCGCUAGAUCGGAUUAUACAGGCGAUCUCUGUCCACCAUACCCGCUAAACUCGCCGUUGUUCAACGAAUACGUCCUUCCAUUAGCUACUGGCACCGAGAUGAUGACGAUAUACUACGGAUGCCCGGAGGUUUCGCAAACUGACUCUACUUACCUUGGUGACCUCGAUUGUGAAGAUGACGAUGAUGAUGAUGAGAAAAGUUACUAUGUGUCGAGAAACCGAUCGUCUCUUGCACUUGGUGAGAUUUGCAAACGUCACGUCAGCAUUCCCGCAGAUGGAACGUCUCUGAACACACUGCAAAGCGUUCCAACUCUAGGUAGUCUAAAGAAGGUUAUCGCGGAUGGUUUCAAGCUUGGAGCUAACAGAGAAUGUUGGGCGUGCGAAUAUUCUAAGGGUGCUUGUGGAUAUAAUCAGAGCUCAAAUGGAUUCGUCUGCUAUUGUAUUGACGGGCAUCAAAAUGUUACUUGCGGUUCUUCAAGCUGGAAUAAAGGCCUCUCUACUGUAGCAAAAGCAGGCCUCUCAACAGGAAAGAAAGCAGGAAUCGGAACUGCUUUAGGUUUGGUGGGAAUCAUUCUUAUAGCCGGAGGUUUGUUCUGUACGUUCAAACGGAGAAAGAAAACACAGGCAGCUGAAUACAUUAGCAAAGACUUGGUCAUCACGUCUUCGAGUAAGGAAGCAUCAAACAAUCCAACUUCCACAACAGUUUCAUACACCGAUCUCCCUCUUCUCCCCUCAGUUUCUAGCACUGCAAACAGAAGCGUCUUCUUUGGAGUUCAAGUCUUCAGCUACGAAGAACUCGAGGAAGCCACUCAAAAUUUCUCUAGAGAACUCGGAGAUGGCGGAUUCGGUACAGUCUACUACGGCGUGCUCAAGGAUGGACGAGCCGUAGCAGUGAAACGACUAUACGAAAGAUCGCUAAAACACGUCGAACAGUUCAAGAACGAGGUCGAGAUCUUGAAAUCGUUGAAGCAUCCGAAUCUUGUGAUUCUCUACGGAUGCACAUCGAGACAUAGCAAAGAGCUUUUACUUGUCUACGAGUAUAUCUCAAACGGAACCCUCGCAGAUCAUCUCCACGGAGAUCGCGCUGAAUCUCGUCCUCUUUGCUGGUCAGUUCGUCUAAACGUUGCGAUCGAAACCGCAAGCGGUUUAGCAUUUCUCCACGCAUCCGGGAUCAUACAUAGGGAUGUGAAGACAACAAACAUUCUCCUGGACGAGAACUACACGGUGAAAGUAGCUGACUUCGGCCUCUCUCGGUUGUUUCCGAUGGAUCAAACUCACGUCUCCACCGCGCCGCAAGGUACUCCGGGCUAUGUAGAUCCGGAGUACUUCCAAUGUUACCGUCUAAACGAGAAGAGCGACGUUUACAGCUUCGGGGUCGUGCUAGUAGAGCUCAUCUCUUCCAAAGAAGCUGUAGACAUCACCAGGCAAAGCCACGACGUCAACCUCGCGAAAAUGGCUGUUGCCAAAAUCCAGAGCAACGCGUUGCACGAGCUCGUUGAUCCGAUCCUGGGAUUCGAGAAGGAUCCAGAGGUGAGGAGGAAGAUGAUGUCGGUGGCUGAGCUUGCGUUUCGAUGUUUGCAGCACGAGAGGGAAAUGAGGCCGACGAUGGAUGAGAUCCUGAAGAUCUUGCGAGGGAUUAAGGAGGAGCAGAUCGGCCAGGAUGUGGUGGAUAUUGGCGGGGUUGAUGUUGGAUUGCUCAGACUUAGUGUUCCUCCGCCGAUAUCGCCUGAAACUGAUACGUGGACGAGCAAGAGCAGUUCAGAGGAUAUGGACGCUAUUCCUUUUUGA